AUAUGGAUAUGGUACUCGGACAUAUCGUUUUAAACUCCGCGUGGCCGGCAAUCAGAGACCCCCACUAUUCCCCCAACUUCUUAUUACUACACCUCAUCCGUCACCAUUGCGCUUCACGAUAAUCUGAGCAUUGAUUCUGAUAGUAAUCCGUACUGUACUUCUGUACUCCAAGUACCGGAACUAACAAUUAAGGUUCUUGGAUCAUGCCUACCACGAGAUCGCAAGUAGAUAACGAUGCCGACCCUCCGGCCGUAGCCGACUCCAGCGCCGUGCUCAUGGACUCCGAAUCCGAAGAUACUGAUGAUUUCGAUUACCAACCAGCCUCCGAGCGGCGAGAAGCUGAGAACUAUAGCGUAGAUGAUGAGGACGAGGAAGAUGACGAAGAUGCGGACGAGAACCUAAUCGUCGAUUUUCAGUUUAAUUCCGAGGAUGAGGAGGAUGACCUGGGCGAUCUGGAUGACCUGGACGAGGACCAGACUGGCGAGCAAGCUGAAGGUGGAGAUGGGGACGAUGGUCGUGGGCCACUCUACGUGACAAGAGAGCAACUGCUUCAAAUCCUUGGGCAUUCUGGCGGCUUAGGCGGAUUCCUGGCCCGUCAACUUUCAGACAUGGACGAAAUCGGCGGAGAGUAUUGGGGUCGCCGACGAAGGAAACGGAGCGGUCCCCGAGGCCCCUCCACAUUCGACGCCGUUCCUAGCGAGGCUGGCCAGAAGCUGAUGAAUUCGGGCAAGUUUGGCUCGGUCGAUCGAAAUGCAUUUGGGUACCGAAGAAAGAAGAAGUUCUCGGCAAGGCUGUUUCAGAGGGAGCUCGGCAUGGGGUCGUAUGGGACGCGGUCGGCGAGCAAUAGCUUGAUAUCACGGGGAAUGGUUCCGAGCACCGACACCGCGGAUAUGAUCAUCCAUUAUAAUCACCGAUGUUACUCAGGGCAGUUCUCCGAUGACGGCAACUUCUUCUUCACCUGCUGCCAGGAUUUCAAGGUGCGCAUGUACGAUACCUCGAAUCCGUACGAUUGGAAGUAUUAUAAGUCCGUCGACCAUCAUGGCGGCAGCUGGACCCUUACCGACGCCUCGCUUUCCCCCGACAACCGCUUCCUCGCCUACUCCUCCAUGCAACCUACAGUCUGCAUGGCAUCCACCGACCCCGAAUCUGAAACCACGCCCUUCCAACUCGACUUCACGCAGAUGGGCCAAACCGCCCGGCGCCCCUACCACGACGACCGACAUUUUGGCAUCUGGUCCGUCCGAUUCAGUGGCGACGGCCGGGAACUGGUCGCGGGAACAGGCAACAACAGCGUCUACGUGUACGACCUCGAAACCCGGAAGACCGUCCUCCGCAUCCGUGGCCACCACGAUGACGUCAAUGCCGUCUGCUACGGCGACAAGCAAUCCCCGCACAUCCUGUACUCCGGCUCCGACGACGCGACCAUCAAAGUGUGGGAUCGAAGAAGUUUAGGCGACGGACGACCGGCUGGCGUGUUUCUGGGCCAUACCGAAGGCGUGACGUACGUCGACAGCAAAGGCGACGGCCGAUACGUGCUCAGCAAUGCGAAGGACCAGACCGCCAAACUGUGGGACCUGCGGAAGACCAUGAGCGCCGACGAAGCGGGGAAGAUCAAUACGCUGAAUGACUACUCCUCCGGCUUCGAUUACAGGCAAGAACGUUACGAUGUCAGCCAAUAUACCCCCCAUAAGAACGACUGCUCGCUGGUGACCUUCCGCGGACACUCGGUCCUAUGGACCCUCAUCCGAUGCCACUUCUCUCCGCCCACCAGCUCUGGCGGGAGCUACGUGUACAGCGGUAGCCGCGAUGGCAACGUGUAUAUCUGGAACAUGGACGCCACCCUGGCCGGCAAGAUCGACGUGCAAAACUCCACGAUGAACACCCGGCCGGACGACGAAGAGAUGCGGACGGCAGCACGGAAUACCUGGAGCAGUCGCGGGAAUAUGUGGAUGGCAUGCGUACGCGAUGCCAGCUGGCAUCCGAGCGCCCCGGUUAUUGCUGGUAAGUCUCGAUUCCAUUGUUUUGCGAUGAUACCUUGCAAGCCUAACAUCUCGACAGCGACCGCAUGGAAUGGGCGUGGCGCAGUGCUUGGUACCGCAAGCGUGCACACGUGGGGACCGGGAACGGGCGAACGGGACGAGGGACCGACCAAGGUCAACGGGCAGCUGAAGCCGGUUUAUUCGAGCGAGCGAUCGGGGUCCUCGCCGAUACGGAGACGGCGAAGACGAACCGUUGCAGAUGACACUGAUGAUGAGAUGCCUGGGUUGGUUUAGGGUUUCCAGGCUUUACGAUGAGAGGUGGUGUGCACCAAGGAAUCUCCACGGUGAACGAAAUUUGAAUGCCCCUUUUGGUGGUGGAUUUUGAGACCGAGGAGUUGGGAAA